UCUUUACUUAAAGGGACGUUCAAGUCCAACACUAAGCACAAGUAGCUAGUGCAGCAAACAAAUUCUUUAUCUUCUAUACUUUGCUGCAAACGGUGUAGUAUCUUGAGUAAAAUGGAGAAAGCGCAGCUCGUCUUCAUACCCUGGCCUCGCAUGGGCCAUCUAGUAUCUGCAGUAGAGUUUGCGAAGCUUCUUCUUACCCACGAUCACCGAUUAUCGAUCACUGUCCUUGUCCUCAACCUCUCUUCCGGCAACCCCAGUCAGUUUCAUAGCUACAUUGAAUCGCUUCAAGCUUCCUCCUCCACCAUACCCAAUCGUCUCCAAUUUAUUGUUCUGCCCAAAGACGAGCUUGAAUUAUUAGACUUUGUUUCUUUUUUUGAGAGACAGAAACCCCAUGUUAAAGAAGCUGUGUUGAAGAUCACUCAAUCUGAGUUGGCCGCCGACUCACCUGCACCUCGACUUGCAGGUUUUAUCAUAGAUAUGUUCUGCACGCCGAUGAUUGAUGUGGCUAAUGACUUGGGUUUUCCGUCUUAUAUUUUUGUCACUUCAGGUGCAGCAUUUCUUGGUUUCAUGCUCUACGUGCAGAAGAUUCACGAUGAAGAGAAAUUUGACCCGGUUGAGUUUAAGAACUCGGAUGCUGAGUUACGAGUUCCAAGUUUGGUAAACUCGUUUACUGGUAGGGUUAUGCCUUCUGCAAUGUUGAUCAGAGAGUUGCUUCCUACUUUAUUCGACAGCAUAAGAAGGUUUCAAGAAGCUAAGGGUAUUGUAGUAAAUACAUUUUUGGAGCUAGAAUCAUAUGCAAUCGAGUCUUUGAUAAUGCCUCCCAUUUACCCUGUGGGACCGAUUCUAGAUGUGAGUUCAGAUGGAAGAAAUACGCACCCAGAAAUCAUGAAAUGGCUUGAUGAACAGCCUCCUUCAUCAGUAGUGUUCAUAUGUUUCGGAAGCAAUGGAAGUCUUGAAAAAGAUCAAGUAAAAGAACUUGCCUAUGCUCUAGAACACAGUGGGUAUCGUUUCUUGUGGUCUUUACGCCACCCGCCACCAUCGGCCGCCGAAGCAUCGUUAAGCGACUACGAGAAUCCACAAGAAGUCUUGCCCGAAGGCUUCUUGGAUCGAACGGCUAGGAUUGGAAAGGUGAUAGGAUGGGCUCCACAAGUGGCUGUCUUGGCUCAUCCAGCGGUGGGAGGCUUUGUGUCACACUGUGGGUGGAAUUCUCUGCUGGAGAGCAUAUGGUUUGGUGUUGCAGUAGCCGCAUGGCCAAUAUAUGCAGAGCAACAGUUCAAUGCCUUUGAAAUGGUGAUUGAGUUGGGAUUAUCAGUAGAAAUUAAAAUGGAUUAUAGAAAUGACAGUGGAGAAAUUGUGAAAUGUGAUGAAAUUGAGAGAGGAAUCAAGUGUUUAAUGGAGGAUGAUAGUGAGAAAAAGAAGAAGGUAAAGGAGAUGAGUGAGAAGAGCAGAAUGGCUUUAAGGAAUGGUGGGUCUUCAUACUUAUCAUUAGGAAAAUUUCUGAAAGAUGUGGUGGAUAAUUUAAAUAAAAUGUAACAUAGUAUUGAUUUUUUUUUCCCCUUUUACAAGCAAAUUUUUUAACCUUUUUUAUUUGUGUUUGAA